GGACCACAGUGUGACCAUAGAGAGAAGGAAAGACCUGCAGGACCAGCUGAGACAGGAGGUGGACGAACACAUCCAAGAGGGGAGAGUAAGUGUGGAGAGAAUGCAGGAGAGAGUGGGUACAAUCCAGCAGCUAAAGGAAGCCCUGAGAGAGGAGGAGAAACAGGAGAGCAGUGAGAAAUCUGACCACCCGGAACAGGUACCAGGAAUACUCUACUGUUCUGUGAGGUUGAGAAGAACAAGGUGAUCUGUCCCUAAUGUAAAAUAUCUUCCUCCUUUGACAACUUGAGGACUGGUACCAGGCGGAGUACAACAGAGCACAGGAGCGGAGGAGGAAGAUCAAAGAGGAUCAUGGGAGAGUGAUACAGGAGGAGGUGGAGAAGAUGGAAAGAGAGCUGGGGCAGGAACAGACUGAGGGCCCCCAGAGGGAGCUAUUGGUCCUGGGCAGAGAGAGACAGGUCCUGAUUCUACAGAUGGAGGCCCUGCACACUGAGGCGUCGGAGGCCGAGAGAGACCUGGAGACACAGUACCACAGACACCAGCAUGAGCUUCACUCUCUUAGGGAGGAGAGUCUGCAGGUAAGGCCCUUACCUGCACUGCCAUUGUUUGAACCAACCCUGCCUAUCUUACUCAUCUGUGCAAGUGUCACACCUUUCACCAUCAUACUAAGCUCUGACUCCCCACCCCCAAAUCAGGUGUUCCGGGUUUUCCGCCAGGUAAGUGAGGAGCAGAGGAGGUUGUCAGAGGGCAGGUACAGGACUCUCCUUCUGGAGGCCAUACAGGAUGCAGUCUACCUGUCCUCUCAGAACCAACAGCUACAGGCAGACAACAAACAGCUCCGCAAAGGUGAGUUACACACCUGGAUAAAACGUGUAUAACAUAUUUCUGUCUCAGUAUAGGCAGUUUAGAUCCUACUUUAAGACUAUUUUACAUCACUUGAAAUAAUGGUGUAUUUCAUUGCAUACCUUGAUUGGGUUUAAACCUAGUUCAUCAAUAAAUCAGAUUCUCUCUCUCUUUCUCCAUAGCAUUGGCAGAGCUAAAGGACAUUCUG